AGUUGAUGAUUUAUUUAAAGUUGAUUAGUCAAGUCAUAUUCCACGUAAUAUUGAAGAUGCAGUGUUGCAUGUAAUUAAACAAAAAAUGGAGAAUUCAAAAACAACUACAAUUGAAUUUUUAUCUGGUGGCCCAAGACCCCUUUGCUUAACUGUUAUGCCCAAAGCCUACAAGGAAAGUGCAUCUUGCAGUGGUCAUACCUUGAGAAAAAGACACAAACACCUAGUGGACCAAGCUAAUCAUCAAGUUGGAAAUUCAAAAGAUUCACUAGUAGUGCAAACAUCAGUUAUGCUUAAAUCAUUUGAUCACAAUCAAAAAAAUAAAGUUUUAGAAAGUGCUAAGAUUGGAGUUGUUGAGUUUUCUGCUGAAGAAUUGGUUGCUUUUAAAGCAAAUGUAGGGGUACCGUGGAAUAAAUUAAAAACUAUGACUAGAUGGUUAAAUUCAAGAAAUAUUAAGACUGCUUCAAACUUUAAACAAAGAGUAGUUGCAAAUACCUGGGCAGGAAAUGAUCUUGUUGUAUUAAAUGGAGAUUUUACAUUUCAAAAUGAAAAUAAUAAGUCAGUUUUUGAAAUCAAACAUGCUCCCUGGGCAUAUAUAGACAAUCUACCCACUAAUAUUAAAAACCUGUUAGAUAUUCUUGAAAGUUUUAAGUUAAUAAAACAUGAUGGAAUAAAAAAUGAUGAAAUACACAUAAAAAUUGGAGGAGACCAUGGAGGUGGUUCAUUUAAAAUGAGUUACCAAAUUGUAAACCAAGACCAACCAAACUCAAAAUCAAAUAGUAUUGUAUUCAGUACAUUUGAAGCAAGAGACUACCGAACUAAUCUUAAAGUAGGGUUAUCUCGAUAUACAUUACAAGUUGAUGAGAUACAAAAAAUGAUAUGGCAAAAUCAUAAUGUUCGUGUUUUUAUAUUUGGAGAUUAUGAUUUCCUUUGCAGUGUAUAUGGAAUCACAGGAGCGAGUGGUCGACAUUGCUGUCUUUUUUGUGAUAUAACCAAAGAAAGUAUCCAGUUGGCUCCAAUUAGUAGAGAGAAUGGUGUUUCACAACGAUCUCUAAAAUCUUUAAACAUUGAUUUUAAUCGAUUCCAAAGUAGUGGAGGAAAUUUGAAAAAGGCUAAGUUUUUCAAUAAUGUGAUUAAUGAAACUUUGUUUCACAUUCCUCUAGACCAGGUAGCAGUACCUGCUUUACAUAUAUCUUUAGGAACCUAUUUGAAGUUUUUUAACAUGUUUGAAGAUGAAUAUCACUUGUUAGAUAUCAAACUUGCUGGAGAGCUUGCACUAAAAAAUAAUACAAUUGGUAAAGAUGAUUUUGACAAAUACAUUAAUAUGCAUAUUCAAUCAAAUCUUAUAAAAAGUGUUAUUGAGGACUGUGAUAAUAAAAUUACACUUUUACAAGACACAAUUUCAUUAAAAGUUUUAUGUGAACCAGACAGAACAGAAGAAAUAAGGAAAGUAUAUGCACCAAGAAUACUUUACUAUGAUUUAAAAAAAACUGAUAAGAUGAAAGAACUAAAUUCAUUAAAUGAAGCAAACAUUCUUGAUAAAAUUUCAGGUCCCUGCAUUCAGCAACUUGAUGAAAUUUUAAAGGCUAAUCAGGUACAAAGACAGGCUUAUCAUGGGAAAUGCUUUGUUGGAAACCAUGUUCACACAAUGCUUAAGCCUCAACCUUUGCUAGAUUUGUGCAACUCUAUUCCAAAACUGAUUUCAAAUCUUGGUUUUAUUGAUACAGGCGUUCAUUUACUCUCAGUUAAUGUGAGCCAAAAAUUUAAACAGUUGUUUCAAUAUUAUUCCAAAUGUCAUAACUUGAUGAACAGCUCACAAUCAUUUCAAGAAAAUGAUGUUCAGGAACUUGAAUCAGCAAUCUGUAAUCUUAUGGAAUUUUAUAGAUCAACUUGGCCAAAUGCAUCUGUAACUCCAAAGAUGCAUUUGCUUGAAACACAUGUUCUUCAAUUUAUUCAAAAAUGGGGAUUAGGCAUUGGAGUUUAUGGAGAACAAGGCGGAGAAAGUUUGCAUGCUGAAUUUAACAAUCUUAAUCGUUUGUUUUGUCAUAUGAAAGGUUGUAGCCGCUUGAAAAGCAUGGUGAAAGAACAUUAUGUAAGAAACCAUCCAAAAGCUAAAGCAAUGAAGCCAGAAAUUAAAAAGAAAAUUUUUUUUUGAUUUUUAUGUGUGUAUAUAAUAUAUAUAUAUAUACACAUACAAAUACACACAUUCAACUUUGUUCUGAGUAUCAGAGUGUUCUGGUAAACACAUUAUAAUAUUCUUGAUUUAAAACGUGCACGCAUUGUAAGUUUAAGGUUAACUUGAACUUUAUGUAAGGCUUUCAGAGUAGAAAAUUCUUCCAUUAAAAAGCUAAAAAAACUACGCAAAAAAUGUUACCAGCCUGCCGUUAAAUGCAGUUAACUUUUUUUAAAAAAAUGACAGGUUAAAACGAAAGGCAUAGAAUUUUUAGGCAUGAUUUAUAGAAUUUAAAACAAUUGAACUUUUUAGUCAAAAAAUUUUCAAACAAAAGAUAUCCCUCUAGUUAGCUAACAGAUAUUUUAUUUUUUUUAUCUAAAAAACCUUACAUU